UUUCAACUUCCGGUCUCGUUUCUCUGCAAACCAACAGGACCAAAGGGUGCUGCUGUAGGAAAGAUCGGGGAGGCGUCCUGCAAGAAAUCCGAUACAAGCGUAAACCGAGUAAACUGAAAGGAAACCGUGCUUGGAAAAAGUUCGGACAGCAGUUUCGGGAUCUGGAUUCUACUUGUACGAACAGGAAUCAAGCAACAGCAAAAAGAGUUUUAUCCGUAGCCCCUGUGGGAUCCACCAGUACCCACAUGGCUUCGGUAAUCGACAAGUCCCUGUUAUCUACAGAGCUAGAGGAGGAAGAGGAAAAUGAAGAAGAGUUCCGUCGUCUUCUGCUUCAGGCAUCCCAAAAAAUUCAGAGCUCGGUGCCCUCUCCGGCGAAUUCCAGGCCCAUCCGUCCACUCCCAGGGUUCUGCCUCAAAACUCACACAGCUGCUGGAGAGAAGGUCUUCGUCAACGUCUGCAGGUCCUCCCACAUCCCUCCACCUCCCGACCUGACCAAUGAAGAGCUGGCCUGCCUUAUCGAGUCAGAGAAUGCCUCCACCUUCCGGAUCCCCAUGAGCCUGGGGGAGCCCCAUGCGGAGGUGGACAAGAGCGGUAACGGUUGCACUGCCUACGAUGUCACCAUCAACACCAGCUUUUUCAACAAGAUGGAGAAUAACCAAUUCCUCAAGGAAUUCUUUGUCACAAUUGCCUUGGAAGGAUUGUCGGAAAAGUACAAGAUGGAUGUCAGCAACCAAGAGUGGCGAAUCCUGCGGAACAGGAAGUUUAUGGGCUCCAUAUCAGAGCAGACCAUCCGCACUAAAUCCAAACCCAUCAUCCAGGAAAUGGAGAGCAGCCACAUCAAGGAGAAGACCAGUGACGUUCUGCAGCCAUCUGUCUCUCAGAGCUCUGCCAUAGUUCCUGAAUUCACCAUAAUUGCUGAGCCAUCUCUCAGUCACCCUGAGCGCCUGCUAGCGAAAAUCUGUCUCCCUAAAAUGGUCUCAGCAAGAUCCCUUGAGCUGGACCUGGGAGAGGACCGAAUUGUGCUACAGGGACAGCCAAAUCUUUACCAUCUGGACAUUUUCGUCCCCUACAGCAUCAUCCCUGAGGAAAGUAAGGCCCAGUUUCACCGAGCAACUAAAAUCCUGACUGUGCUGAUGCCCAUCCAGCACCCGCUGCAGUUGCCCUGAGAGCCAAGAAGACCCUCUGGGAGAAUGUCCGUCCUGUAGGCUGGGGCCCUGCUGAGCACCUGCCUGGGUAGCAGCUCCAGGGAGGAUGCGGCCGGAGCAGGCGUGGAGAUCCGAGGAAGGCCGGGGCUGGGCUGCCUGUCAACAGAACAGUGCUGGAUUUGUGGGGACUCGGUGGAGUGUAGCAGCUCCUCGCACGCACACGCUCUGCACCUAAAUGUACACAGUACAUUAUACAUUGGGCGACAUCCAGAACCAGCUUCCACCUCUCCUCCCACGACUUGUUUUCCGAGCUUCCCAUCCAUUCACAGCAGCGGUCGUUCUUUGCCUCUCCCUUUCCAAUCCCCCCUCGCUCUUGCAGUCUCCCUCUGCCUGUCGUUUUCUUCCGUGGGGAGCCUGCCCCCACCUCUCUGCCAGAGCAGUGACAACGGAGGGCCUUUCCCAAGGGAACCUCUUGUGCCCAGCUCGCCUCGCAGCAGAAUGCAACGGGGAGGUGGUUGUUUCCUAAGGGGGAAGACGAGGGUGCGGGACCCCAUGUGUGGAACGCUUCCCUGCCUAAAGAGCUUCCUGCAGGUUGAAAACGAGCGCAGCAGAAAGCAGCCUUCAAAAGUGGGAUCCCUGCCUGGGUCUAACGUGAUACAUUACCAGUCUACCCCCUUAGGCAGGACUGUACCACUUCAUGUUGAAACUCUCCCUGGUUUGACUGUACUUUCAGUGUCAGUUAUAGUAUCUUCGUGAUUCUGAUAUGUGAUGUAGCCAUUCAUGUUUCUUGUUGCAUUCUUCUUUAUUUCAGUAUAAUAAAAAACAAUAACAUUCUGAAAUCCUAAAUAAGUAUUUCAAAAUAAGUAUCGAUGGUUGAACAUGCCAUGUUUGAGCAUAUUAAGAUUGUCUGCUUUCUUCCUUGAAGCUUAUUCCACCUCGUUCGAUGGGCCCAAACAAAAUAAACUUUUUUUUUCUGA